AUGGCUGACUGCAAGCCAUACUCUUCUCCCAUGGCUCUUAAACCUUCUUCUUCUCCUCAUGAUCAUUUACCCUGUUCCAACCCCUUUCUCUACAGAAGUAUUGUUGGAGGCCUUCAAUAUCUCACCAUCACUAGGCCAGAUAUUUCUUUUGCAGUUAAUUUUGCUUGUCAAUUUAUGCACCAACCUCUUGUUCAACACUUUGUUAUGGUUAAACGGCUUCUCCGCUAUCUCAAAGGCACUCUUGGCUAUGGUCUUCAGUUUAGUCCUGGACCUCUUACCCUCCAUGCCUUUUCAGAUUCGGAUUGGGCUGGAAAUUCACUGGAUAGACGUUCCACUACUGGCUUCUGUGUUUUUCUUGGUCCAAAUUUAGUGUCCUGGUCUGCUAAAAAGCAGCCUACUGUGGCUAGAUCAUCUACUGAAGCUGAAUACAGAGCAUUGGCUCACACUGCUGCUGAGUUAAGCUGGCUUGGCAUGCUUCUCUCUGAUUUGCAUGUUCCUUCUCCUUCUCCUACUUUAUGGUGUGAUAAUAUAGCUGCCAUUUCUCUGUCUUCCAAUCCUGUUUUUCAUGCCCGAACUAAACAUAUAGAGGUGGAUUAUCACUAUGUCAGAGAAAGGGUAACUGCAAAACAACUCUCCAUUUGUCAUAUUCCAACUUCUGAUCAGGUGGCAGAUAUUUUUACAAAACCUCUGUCUAUUUCUCGCUUUACUUAUCUUCAGUCCAAGCUUAUGGUUCUUCCCUCUCCCAUCCGCUUGAGGGGGCAUGAUAAUGUAUCUGCACCAGCUACAGCUACAUCAGUAGCUCAGCCUAUAUCUACAGAAGAAGAGCUGCAGUUGAAGCCAAGAGAGUUGCAGUAG